AUGCUGAAGUCGACUGUUGUUACGGCAUACCGUGCGGCAUUCCCAAAAGAUACUGCCACAAGAAAUAAAGAAGACGCCAAGAAGAAGAUUCAUAUUUUUUGGGAUAAGAUAACCCAGCUGGAGAGUAUUGCAGAGGAUGAUGCAACGAAACAAGUGACGCGAAGAUUCAUCUUAGUUAUGGUAAAAUACUUUUGA